UUUUAAAAUUAAUGCAUGUAUGCAUAUAUUUUUAUCUAUUUCCAGGUGUCUGGUGAUAAAGGAGUCUCUGCUUUUCCAUCUGAUGAAAAUAUUUUUUCGUGGAUUGGCACAAUAAAUGGAGCUUGCGGAACGGUGUAUGAAGGCUUAACUUAUAAGUUGAAGUUGGAUUUUCCAAAUAACUAUCCAUACAGUGCUCCGAAUGUCCGCUUUACAACCCCAUGUUUUCAUCCUAACGUUGAUGAUCAUGGCAAUAUCUGUCUUGACAUUUUAAAAGAAAAGUGGACUGCUUUGUAUGAUGUGCGAACUAUUCUUUUAUCUGUGCAGUCUUUAUUAUCAGAGCCUAAUGUUGAAAGCCCUCUUAAUACACAGGCAGCGCAGUUAUGGAAAGAUCAUGUAGCAUAUAAGAAGGUUCUGCAUGAAAAAUAUGAUAUUGAUGUACGGAAAAAGCAGGGCUUUUAGAAGAAAAAUGCUAUCUCGAUAUAUUUUUAUUUGAAUGAAUUUAUUUGCAUGUUUGUAUAUUAAAAUCCAUGAUGUCUUCAAAAUGUUUCUAAUCUGUGACAUCUCAUUUUUGGAAUCAAAUGAAUUUCAUCUGUGUAGUUUUCUGUAUAAUUUGAAUGAAUAUUUUAUGUAUGCAUAACAUGUGUAUACUCUUGAGAGGCUGAAAUUUUUUUUUUUUUAACUUUUCUAUGUAAACACUAAAUAACGACUUUCUCAGUGUACAAGUAUAAUCUUUCACCUGUGCACUGUUAAUAGCAAUUUCUUUGUUUCUGCUUAGUGUAAAAAAAAUCCAAUAAACUCUGAAAUGUAUUUAUUUA